GACUACGAGCAGCUCGAGGUCGUCGGCGAGGGCUCCUUCGGCGUCGUCAUCAAGGCACGGGACCGCCGCACCGGAAGCAUGGUCGCGCUCAAGAGGCUCCACAGCGCCCUCGGCUUCGACGCCGUCAGGGUCGAGGCCGCCUGCCAGCACGCCUGCCGCGGCCACCCCUCCAUCGUGGAGAUCAAGAACGUCGUCGCCGACGCCAAGACGGGGGAGAUCUUCCUCGUCAUGGAGUUCGUCGGGAGCAGCCUUCGGGACCAGAUUAUGAGGUCGCGUCCGGAGGACCUGGUCCGCGAGAUGAUGCGGAAGCUCAUCGGCGCGGCCCACAAGAUGCACAGCUCGCGCGUCAUCCACCGCGACAUCAAGCCGGAGAACAUCCUCGUCGGCUUCUUCGGCAGCCUCAAGAUCUGCGAUUUCGGUUCGGCGACGUUCAUGAAGCCGGCAGGGAAGCCAUACGACAAGUGCCUGGUCGGCACCUUGCCCUACACCUCGCCGGAGCAGCUCGCCGGCAACCGGUGCUACGGUCCAGCCGUCGACAUGUGGGCGCUGGGAUGCAUCAUGGGCGAGCUCCUGACGGGCCCGCCGCUGUUCGGAGGCGACAUGACAGUGGCGGAGCUGCUCGCCGACCUGUCCGCCAACCUGGGUGACCUGCUCAAGGAGCUCAAGGUGGAGGUCCUGCCGGAGCUGUCGGCGGCGGCGCACGAGUUCCUGUCCGGGCUGCUGGCCUUCGAUCCUGAGAAGAGGAUGACGGCGGCCGAAGCACUGGAGCACCGGUGGUUCACCGAGGAGGCCAACAAGGCAUCAUCAUCGUAG